AUGCCUCGCCAGGCCGCCUCGCGGUUGGUGGUCGGAGAAGGCGAGGGGCCCCCGGGGGCCUCGGGGCCCACGGCCACCAUGCUCCGCUCCCUGCUGCUUCACUCCCUGAGGCUCUGUGCCCAGACCGCCUCGUGCCUCGUGCUCUUCCCGCGCUUCCUAGGCACGGCCUUCAUGCUCUGGCUCCUCGACUUCCUGUGCAUCCGCAAGCAUUUCCUGGGCCGCCGCCGCCAGCCCGAACCCGAAGUGGAGCUCAAUAGUGAGGGCGAGGAGGUGCCCCCCGACGACCCACCCAUCUGCGUGUCCGACGACAACCGCCUGUGCACCCUGGCGUCGCUCAAGGCCGUGUGGCAUGGCCAGAAGUUGGAUUUCUUCAAGCAGGCACACGAGGGCGGACCAGCGCCCAACUCCGAGGUGGUCCUGCCUGAGGGCUUCCGGAGCCAGCGCAUCCUAGACUAUGCCCAAGGGAACCGCCCACUGGUGCUCAAUUUCGGCAGCUGCACCUGACCACCGUUCAUGGCGCGCAUGAGCGCCUUCCAGCGUCUGGUCACCAAGUACCAGCGCGACGUCGACUUCCUCAUCAUCUACAUUGAGGAAGCACAUCCUUCCGACGGCUGGAUCACCACAGACUCCCCCUACAUCAUUCCCCAACACCGGAGCCUGGAGGACCGGGUCAGCGCAGCAAGGGUGCUGCAGCAAGGUGCGCCAGGCUGCGCACUGGUCCUGGACACCAUGGCCAAUUCCAGCAGCUCGGCAUACGGCGCCUACUUCGAGCGCCUCUACGUCAUCCAGAGUGGUACCAUCAUGUACCAGGGAGGCCGUGGCCCAGAUGGCUACCAGGUCUCAGAGCUGCGCACUUGGCUGGAGCGCUAUGAUGAGCAGUUGCACGGCACUCGGCCCCGUCGGUUGUAA